GGGAGAUUUCUCCGGCUUUCUCUGAGGAACCGCCGAAAUUCGAAAUCUCUCUCUCUCUCUCUCUCUCUCUUCCCUAUUCCUCCGAUCACCGGGCGACUGCGAGCAAUCGGAGAAACCAUCAGAUGAGCUUUCAACGCCUUCGGAGACUCCCACUUCAUCAUCACAGAGCAGGCCCACUCUCCUAUGUGGUCCGCCUGUCUCCUGCAAACCCUAGUCUCCUCACCUAUGGUCUCAGGACGCUGCACGCCACUCCGACCACCGCCGCCGGCGGAGAUCUCGAACCGGCGCCGCCUUCGAUGGACUCCUUUUUGGUGGAGAAGGUCCUUCUGAGCUUACGGCGGGGUAGGAACCAUCAAUCGCCUUGUCAUUUCUCACGCUUGAACUCUUCUGCCGUGAUCGAGGUUCUCUACCGGUGUCGCGACAACUUACCGUUGGCCCUGAAAUUUAUUGAUUCGCUUGCGUCGAGCUGUCCGCACUUGAAGCAUUCGUCGGCGUCUCUGAGCGCAAUGAUCCACAUGCUGGUUCGCAGCAGGAGACCGUCGGAUGCCCAGGCUCUGAUUCUCAGGAUGGUGAGGAAGAGCGGAGUUUCGCGAGCUGAGGUUGUGGAUUCUUUGAUUUCUACGCACAGUGGGUGUGGUUCUCAUGAUUCGGUGUUUGAUUUGCUGAUCAGAACUUAUGUGCAAGCUAGGAAGUUAAGGGAAGGCACGGAGGCGUUCCGGUUAUUGAGAAGUAGAGGAUUCCGUGUCUCUAUCAAUGCAUGUAAUAGCCUUCUUGGUGGAUUGGUCAAAGCUGGGUGGGUUCAUCUAGCAUGGGAAGUUUAUGGAGAAGUCGAUGCGAGUGGUGUCGACUUGAAUGUCUACACUCUGAACAUAAUGGUUAAUGCGUUGUGCAAGGAUGGUAAAAUCGAUGAUGUGAAGUCAUUUCUGUUGGAGACGGAGAAGAAAGGUGUUUUUCCAGACAUCGUGACUUAUAAUACUCUUGUAAAUGCUUAUUGUAGGGAAGGGCUCCUGGAUGAAGCUUUCAAGUUGAUGACUUCCAUGUCUGAGAAAGGUCUAAGACCGGGUCUUUACACUUACAAUGCUAUUAUAAAUGGUCUGUGUAAAGGGGGUAGACAUACCAGGGCUAGGGAAGUUUUGAACGAGAUGUCGCAAAUGGGUUUGAGUCCUGAUGCUGCUUCUUACAAUGCAUUGCUCGUUGAGAUGUGCCGAAAAGACGACAUACUGGGAGCUGAAGCAAUUUUCAGGGAAAUGUCUCAGCAAGCUGUUGCUCCUGAUCUGGUUAGCUACAGCUCCAUUGUUGGGGUUCUCUCAAGGAAGGGAAAUCUUGACAGGGCACUGAUGUACUAUAGGCAGAUGAAGGGCUCUGGGUUGGUCCCUGACAAUGUAAUGUAUACGAUUCUGAUUGAUGGGUACUGUCGAAAUGGCUUGAUCUUGGAAGCUCUAAAGAUACGAAAUGAAAUGCUUGAACAGGGCUGUGCUUUGGAUGUCGUUACUUACAAUACAAUUCUGAAUGGUCUUUGCAAGGAUAGGACGCUUAACGAGGCAGAAGAUCUCUUCAAUGAGAUGGGUGUAAGGGGUGUGUUUCCUGAUUUUUGUACUUUCACUACACUCAUCCACGGAUACUGUAAGGAUGGUAACAUGAACAAAGCAUUGAGCUUGUUUGAGGCAAUGACUCAGAGGAAUCUCAAACCUGAUGUUGUGACAUACAACACUCUGAUGGAUGGUUUCUGCAGGGCGGGUGAGUUGGAGAAAGCUAAUAACUUGUGGCAUGAUAUGGUAGCUAGUGGAAUUCAUCCUAAUCAUAUUUCAUAUUCCAUUCUCAUCAAUGGAUUUUGUAGUACGGGAUGUGUUUCUGAGGCUCUUAGAUUGUGGGAUGAAAUGAUCGAAAGAGGUAUUAAACCUAGUCUGAUUGCAUGCAACACCCUGAUCAAAGGAUUUUGCCGGUCAGGCGAUGCACUAAAAGCAGAUGAGUUCUUGGGCAAGAUGAUCUUGAGAGGAGUUGCUCCUGAUAGCAUCACAUACAAUACCCUUAUAAAUGGGCUCGUAAAACUGGAAAAUAUGGACAAAGCAUUUGCUCUAGUCAAUAAAAUGGAGACUACGGGGCUUCUUCCUGAUGUAUACACAUAUAACGUCAUUCUCAGUGGGUUCUGCAGGCAAGGUAGGAUGCAGGAGGCUGAGCUGAUAUUAAGAAAGAUGAUUGAGAGGGGUGUGAACCCAGACAGAAUCACUUAUACUUCAUUGAUCAAUGGCCAUGUCAGUCAGGAAAACCUAAAGGAGGCAUUUCGAUUUCAUGACGAAAUGCUGCGGAGAGGAUUCGUGCCUGACGAUAACUUCUAAUUCCAACUUAUUUAGUUUUUUCUGGACAUUGGUGAGAGUGAUUUGGUUUUGUGAAAUUUUCACAAAAGGAUCAGAGCCUUCAUCAGCAACCUUACUACUCUCUGAAGGCACUUUUAGCAUAUACUGAUGGCUGAAGCUAAAAUUUGCUUGUUGGGCCAUCAGAUGCACGUGAUUGAGUUGCACAGGGAUUUGGAGCUUGUAGGAAAUGAGGCAAUAUAUAUAUUGAAGCUUGAGCUUGAUUCAUGAAGCAAAGGAGCCUUAGCUGCUAUUGCUGCAAAGGAGAGAGACGGCUUGAUUAUUGUGAAUGUAUUGAAUUAUAUUUAUACAGGAAUUGAGCAUCUAUCUUCUUGUUUUUUAUUCCAUUAGAACUUGUGAAGGUGAUUAGUUUUUAAUUUAAGUGAGACUGCAAAGGAGAAAGGGGAGCUGGCGGUAAGUUUUCUUACUGAUGUUAAUCAGACUUGUAAAUAUUUCUAAAAGUCAGUUAUAACUAGGACCGAGUUUUACUGAUAUUGCGUGAUAUAAUCAGUCUUUCCCUUUGUUUUUGUUUCACAACAGUCAUGAUGCAUGCCUGAUUAUUUCCUUUUCCAAAAUCUUUGGCUUAAAAGAUUUGUCCAGUGAAUAUUAAGUUAGAAUUUCUAAGGCCAGGUUAGGAGGUGAGCAAAUAUCGGAUGAACCAAAAACCGAACUGCCUGAAUUAGUGAAUUAGACCAAAUUGAAAACUACUUGUUUUUGGGAAAGCCAGUCCCAGACUGGUCCUUGGGUGGUUUUUACACUAUAGGAAAUCCAUUGGGGUCUGAUCAGUCUGAAUGUAAUCAAUGUAAAUAGGAAUUUAGUGGAAAUUAGCUUAUUUAUGUGCUUAACUUGAUCGUUUGAUUGUAUGCUGUUUCUCUGAAGUUCUAUUUUAGAUGAAACCUAACGUUUUGACAUGCAUAAAAUUGUGUGAUAAAUUUCAAACUGUGCAGUGUGGGUACAGAAGAAAACCAACCCGAUGGUGGUCGAAGCGAAGCAGCUCAAGUAACUUAGAACCUGCCCGAGAAUGAUAGAAGAACCCGACCUUGCUCGCUCAUUUAUAUGCCUGCAGAAUGGGCAAUGCAGUGUCUCCAUGCUUCCACCCUGCUAAGAACUCUGAGUCAGUGAAGCUUAUCUUCUGGGAAGGAACAGUGAAGACGCUGUCGGGAGGCCGGUCCAAGAAGUCACGCCACAUAGCCGGUGAGGUCAUGUUUGAGUUCCCUGACAAGAUGGUGUGCCAUGCUGACUCCUUCUAUCUUGGCCGCCCAAUCCCGUCCCUCUCCAUUGACGAUGAGUUCGUCCCUGGUCAGGCCUAUUUUGUUCUCCCCAUUGACUUUUUCCCUCCAUCGUCAUCUCCGUCCUCUUGCUCUGGUUAUAUCCUCUCCGCUUCCACCCUCGCCAUUCUGGGUUCCUCCUCAGUGAGCCCCAAGCGGGCCCUAAUUGACUUCGGUGAGGAUGGCCCGUUCCAGUACGUGAAGGGAGAGGAUGGGAGGCUCCUCAUGAAGGUCUCGCCUGAUUUUAUCAUGAGAAUCAUUACGAAGGGGAAGGAGGGUGAUGACAAGAAGGACCGGGCUAGGGAAGGUGGCACAAGAUCAUCACUUUGCAGCACGCCUGAGCUAAGGAAGCAGUAUGAGCAGCUGGUCGGGUGCAGAGAGCAGGUUUGGUCACCGAAGCUCGAGACCAUUUCCGAGCACAAGAUCAGGCACUCACCCUGCAGAUUUAUCAGGUUGGAGCGGAAGCAGAAGGAGAAGGGCAAUUGAACAUUGCAUUUGCAGAUCCAUUCAGCAUCAGAAGUUCGGAAUUCGAUUUUUGCACACUAAUAGUUAGGUCAAAAUGCAGUCUGUUCCUUUAUGAAUUAUUCUUUCAGAGACAUUAGAUACUGAUCAUUGUUUCGCUUCGAUUCAUCGAGCAAAUGUACAAAAAGUAACAAUAUUUAAUGACAUAGUGCAAUAAAUUCUUUUACCAGUUAUUAUAUUUA